GGGUCCCUUCCCGACGCCUCGCCGAGCUCCGGCCGCUCGCCAGCCCUGCUCCUGCUCCUGCUCCCUGCUCCCUGCUCCAGCCUCGCCGCCGCCGCCGCCUCCACCGCCGCCACCAUGAGCCAGUCCUACUCCUCCAGCCAGCGGGUCUCUUCCUACCGCCGCACCUUCGGCGGCACCUCCCCGGUCUUCCCCCGCGCCUCCUUCGGGAGCAAGGGCAGCGGCAGCUCCGUCACCUCCCGCGUCUACCAGGUGUCGCGCACCUCGGCCGUGCCCAGCUACUCCACCUUCCGCACCACCCGCGUGACGCCCCUGCGCACCUACCAGAGCGCCUACCAAGGUGCCGGCGAGCUGCUGGACUUCAGCCUGGCCGAUGCCAUGAACCAGGAGUUCCUCCAGACCCGCACCAACGAGAAGGUGGAGCUGCAGGAGCUCAAUGACCGCUUCGCCAACUACAUCGAGAAGGUGCGCUUCCUGGAGCAGCAGAACGCCCUGAUGGUGGCCGAGGUGAACCGCCUGCGGGGCAAGGAGCCCACCCGCGUGGCCGAGAUGUACGAGGAGGAGCUGCGGGAGCUCCGGCGCCAGGUGGACGCGCUGACCGGCCAGCGGGCACGCGUGGAGGUGGAGCGCGACAACCUGCUGGAUGACCUGCAGAAGCUCAAGCAGAGGCUGCAAGAGGAGAUCCAGCUGAAGGAGGAGGCUGAGAACAACCUGGCCGCUUUCAGAGCUGACGUGGACGCGGCCACGCUGGCACGCAUCGACCUGGAGAGACGCAUCGAGUCCCUGCAGGAGGAGAUCGCCUUCCUCAAGAAGGUGCACGAAGAGGAAAUCCGGGAGCUGCAGGCCCAGCUGCAGGAGCAGCACAUCCAGGUGGAGAUGGACAUCUCCAAGCCCGACCUGACGGCUGCGCUGCGGGACAUCCGCGCACAGUACGAGAGCAUCGCCGCCAAGAACAUCGCCGAGGCUGAGGAGUGGUACAAGUCCAAGGUGAACGACCUGACGCAGGCGGCCAACAAGAACAACGACGCGCUGCGGCAGGCCAAGCAGGAGAUGCUGGAGUACCGGCACCAGAUCCAGUCCUACACCUGCGAGAUCGACGCCCUGAAGGGCACGAACGACUCGCUGAUGCGCCAGAUGCGGGAGAUGGAGGAGCGCUUCGCUGGGGAGGCGGGCGGCUACCAGGACACCAUCGCGCGGCUGGAGGAGGAGAUCCGGCACCUGAAGGACGAGAUGGCCCGGCACCUGCGCGAGUACCAGGACCUGCUCAACGUCAAGAUGGCCCUGGACGUGGAGAUCGCCACGUACCGCAAGCUGCUGGAGGGCGAGGAGAACCGGAUCAGCAUCCCCAUGCACCAGGCCUUCGCCUCCGCGCUCAAUUUCAGAGAGACCAGCCCGGAGCAGCGCGGCUCCGAAGUGCACACCAAGAAGACCGUGAUGAUCAAGACCAUCGAGACCCGGGAUGGGGAGGUGGUGAGCGAGGCGACCCAGCAGCAGCACGAGGUGCUGUAGACGACGCUGCCCAGCGGCACCUUCUGUCCCUUCCUCCGUCCCGCCGCCCCGGCGCCCAGCCCCUGUCCUGACCCCCAUCUCCCCAGUCCUAUCCCCCCCCCUCCCCAGCCCCCCGGGCACGGCCCGGGCUCCCCCCUACACCCCCGGGCUCUCUCCUUCGGCUUCGCAGCGCUUUGCAGCUUGGCAGCCAGCGUCAGGAUCAGGGCCGGGCCGGGGGGCGGCAGCAAGGGACGGAGGGGACAGGCAGGACGGGGUGGGGGGAGCAGGUGGUGGCCUCGGCCAGCUCGCCGGAGAGCCGGAGGGUCCCAGCAGCGGGUUCUGGAUCCCCCCGCGCCCCGCAGCCCCCUCCCAAACCGGGCACAGGCUCGGGGUCGGUCCCGCAGGAGCAGGACCCGUCUCCCCGUGCCGGCACCGCCGCCCGCCCCGGAGCUGGCGUUUCUCCUGGGGGGGCCGCAGCGGUGCCGGGGAUGGGGAGAGGCUGGGGUGCACCCAGCCCAUGUUGCCGCCCCCCUGCCCCAGAGGCAGCCCCGAGGGGCUGAGGGCAGCGCCCGGCCCCCACCCCAUGCAGGGGGUCCCCGGCAGCAGGAGGCUGCGCAGGGACGGCCGGGCUGGGUGAGCCGAGAGGAAACCCGUAGGUGGACACGGGAGAGAGGAGGAGUGAGUGAGUGGGAGAGAGGGGGGAGAGGAAGAGAGGAGCCGGAGAGAGGCCCGGGGGCCAGGGCAGGCGCCCCCACCCCUCGCCCCACUGCACCCCCACCCCACCGCGUGUACGUGACUCUUCAGGCGGCUGAAAUAAACAGCGGAGCAUCG